AUGGACAGUAGCACGGACGUCGAUGCCAACGGUCAACGGUUGACGAAGCUAACUAAAAAGCUUGUGGUUAUGUUCAUGCAAUCCUUCAUCACGGCGGUGUUUGUGUUCAUCCUGGCGACGUUCGCGUAUUACCUGCACUUGCGGUGCAAGUCCACUGCAGCGCCGGUGUCGCCGAUUACUGGUAAAUUCUCGUACUAUGAUAACAUGGACGGUUCGGGAUUUCGCGCCUCGGUGCCGGUGGAGCAGAUCGUCAACGUCACCGCCAGAGAGUUCUGUUCCGUCGUGUCCAGGGACCUGUACUCGCUAGAACAGAUGGGCUACAUGGACGAAACCAGUCGCGUGUCCAAGCUGCUGUCACUGGACCUCGGCGGCGCCCAGGACGUGCAUUACGUGUUUGUCAACACCACGCACGUGCCGUGGACAGUCGCUUGUUCGCUAGAGUCAGCCCUAGGUGCUGUUGGCCAUGUCGGCCGCGUAAAUGUGUUCGUCGUCAGUGGAAUGGAAUUCGAUCGAACCAAUAACAAGUGCGGCGUGACGGAGCCGGUGUCGCUGUUGUCGAGCCUUGUCGACCUAACGGCCAAGUACGGCAUCCACCGGUUGAACGUGAUGCACGUCAACCUGGAAGAUAUGCUGGAGUUUUCUCCGUUCCAGUGCAUGGGCCUGGACAAGCGUCCCGCGCUCGCCAAGUUCGCUGUGGAGCUGGUGCUGCUCUGGCAGUUCGGCGGCACAGUGCUAGAAGGCGACAUGGUGGCGAUCCGAGGGUCCGUGUACCGUGCAACCGACACGGCUGUCGAGUACAGCGACUUGACAGUCAGCUCGCCGGCCACCUGUCACCCGUUCUUGUACGACGCUAUGGUGUGCACCAAGAGCUACGCGCUGCUUUACAGACCGUUCAUGGCUGACACCAGCCUCAAGAUCUUUGACAAGGCGGUGGAAUGGUCGGGACGCGGUGACGGUGACGUCCGGCGUGUGGCCGACAGCGUGGUGUGUCGGAACGGCGAGGUCAGCGGUCCAUGCUACUACGUACAACGGGCCGACGCCGACUUGAUUCACCGCUACUGCCCCACUGUCUAA